UUUUUUGACCGGCGGACAUAUAUAAUCAGGUGUGAAAGAUAUAAACUUACGUUCUUUUUAUUCCAACAACUAUCAUCCACAUUUUAUAUUAUAUAUCAACAUGCAAAACGAAGGGAACACAGUCAUCUUUGCUCGUGACGAUCUAGUCCAGCCUUAUUCUGCACAAGAGAUCAGCUUCUUACAGCGAAGAAGAGGUGGCGGUGGAGGAGGUCGAGGUGGUGGUGGCGGUAUAAGCAGCAGUAGCGGAGGAAGAAGUAGUGGUGGCUCAUCAUCUUCUUCAAGUAGCGGUAGUAGCGCAGGCCGUUCAUCAUCAUCAUCAUCAUCAACUGCAAGUAAAGGUUUCACACCUGGAAGUGUAAGUGGAGGAAGAAAUGUCUAUGGAUCAACGGGAGGAUUUGGAAUCCCAAAUCGUUAUUCGAUCACUUCAGGUUCUUUUGUCGGUCGUCAAGCAGGUGGCGGAACACGUAAUAAUGUUUAUGGAUCUCCUUAUUAUGGAAGUGGUUAUACCGGAGGUUAUGCAUCAAGAGGUUUACUUGCCGGAGGAGCUGUUGGUGGUUUAGGAUUCCCAUUCAUCUUUUGGCCUGUCACUUUUGGUGCCUAUAGUGGAUAUUAUGGCAGUAGCCAAUACAGGAAUGGUGAUAGACCAGGAGGCAAUAUGACUCAAUAUUCUCUCACUCCACCAAGUACCGUUACCAACACUACGGCUAAUGAAUUCGCACUGUAUGGGGACGCAAACAGCGUUGAUCAAAUCUUCCAAAGUUUAAAGGCAGAUUGUGGAGUUCAAAAUCAAUUGGCUUCAAAUUUUACCAUCAAUCCAAAUCAAGCUGUUCAAUAUUAUCGUGGAAGUAGUUUCGCAAUCUUAUUAAACGGAUACAAUAACACUCAACCAAAUGUUGAUGGUGAUGUGAGCGGAAAUACAACCUCCAGCGAUUAUUCAGCAACUCCUCCCCCAAUCACAACAGUUCAAGGUGUGGAUACCAAUUACUUCAACUGCCUGAAUAGCACGACAGGAAACAAUGUUCCUCUCAUUGAUGGUGCUAUGACAUUCUAUCAAAACAAUCUAAUGAUCUUGCUGCCCGCUGUGUUUGUUACUAUGCUCAUCAACAUUUUCUCAUAAUGCUUUGUAUUUGCUUUAUACCAUCUUUGCUUCUUAUUGCGGAAUAUAUGCUUGCUUACAUACCGGUCAAUUGGUU